AACAGCCCAAAGAUGAGAGUCAUUCGCUUGGGUACCCGCAAGAGCCAGCUGGCCCGCAUACAGAUGGACAGUGUGGUGGCAACGCUGAAAGCCUUAUACCCAGGCCUGCAGUUUGAAAUCUUUGCUGUGUCCACCACAGGGGACAAGAUUCUUGAUACGGUUCUCUCUAAGAUUGGAGAGUUUACCAAGGAGCUGGAACAUGCACUGGAGAGGAAUGAAGUGGACCUGGUUGUUCACUCCCUGAAGGACCUGCCCACGUUGCUUCCUUCUGGCUUCACCACCAUUGGAGCCAUCUGUAAGCAGGAGAGCCCCUCUGAUGCUGUUGUCUUUUACCCAAAUUUUGUUGGGAAGACCCUAGGAGCCUUGCCAGGGCAGAGCGUUGUGGGAACUAGCUCCCUGCGGAGAGCGGCCAGGCUGCAGAGAAAGUUCCCACAUCUGGAGUUCAAUAGUAUUCGGGGAAACCUCAACACACGGCUUUGGAAGUUGGACGAGCUGCAGGAGUUCAGUGCCAUCAUCCUGGCUGCAGCUGGCCUGCAGUGCAUGGGCUGGCAGAACCGGGUGGGACAGAUCCUGCACCCUGAGGAUGAGGGUCAAGGGGCUCUGGGAGUGGAAGUUCUAGCCAAGAGCCAGGACAUCUUGGAUCUGGUGGGUGUGUUGCAUGAUCCUGAGACUCUGCUUCACUGCACUGCUGAACGGGCCUUCCUGAGGCACCUGGAAGGAGGCUGCAGUGUGCCAGUGGCAGAGCAUACAGCUAUGAAGGAUGGGCAACUAUACCAGACUGGAGGAGUCUGGAGUCUGAAUGGCACAGAUAACAUGCAAGAGACCGUGCUGGCCACCAUCCAUGUCCCUUCCCAGCAUGAAGGUGGCCCUGAGGAUGAUCCACAGCUGGUGGGCAUCACUGCCCAGAACAUUCCACAACAAGCCCAGCUGGCUGCUGAGAGCCUGGGCAUCAGCCUGGCCACCUUGUUGAUGAACAAAGGAGCCAAGAACAUCUUGGAUGUUGCACGGCAGCUCAAUGAUGCCCACUAA